AGACAUGACUACAUGAGUGUUCUUUUUUGGGGGAAAAACAACCAGUACAGGGCACUUCACUUGUUAACUCAACUUUGCUACAGAGGGUGGGGGAAUUUCGGCUGUGGUACAGCCACAUUCUUCCACAUGGAGCGAACAGAACAGUUGAACACACCCACGCAGGCUCCCGGCGGACGGACGGAUGACGCGCAGCCAGACGAGGCCCGCCGCGAUGCCACCGACGUCCACCUCGCCGGGGGACCUGGUGGCGCUCUCCGCCCGGUGCUCCACGAAGCGCGACCUCCGCCUCCUCCACGGCGCCCUCCUGCGCCGCCGCCGCCUCCUCCCCGCCGCGGACGCCGUCGCGGCGCUCGCCAAGCUGCUCCGGUUCGCCGCCGUCUCCCCCGCCGGCGACCUCCGCCAAGCCGCCGCGAUGCUCUCCACCCACCUCCCCUUCAUCACCUCGGCCUCCACCCACCCCGCCUUCUUCUACAACACCCUCAUGCGCGGCCUCGCCGCCUCCGCCUCGCCCGGCGACGCCAUCGGGCUCUUCGCCGCGAUGCGCCGCACGGGCGCCGCGCCCGACGCCUUCACCUUCACCUUCCUCCUCAAGUCCUGCUCCCGCUGCCCCUCGGGCCGGCGGUUGCCUUCCGACCUCCAUGCCCAGGCGAUCAGGCACGGCUGCCUCGGCGAGCUAGGCGCGCACGCGCACGUGCACAAUGCGCUGCUUCACGCCUACGCGUGCCGGGCGUCCGUCGACGACGCGUGCAGGGUGUUUGAAGAAAUUCCGGCUCGGGACGUGAUCUCCUUCUCAGGGCUACUCACCGCGCAUCUCAAAGCCAGUGAUUUGGACGCCGCCCGCCUUGUGUUCGACCAGAUGCCUCACCAGGAUGUCGUUUCUUGGACUGCGAUGAUUUCAGCAUAUGCCAAGGCUUGCCGGCCGCAGGAGGCCUUGGCAUUGUUUGAUGCCAUGCCGAUGCAGCCAGACGAGGUGACCAUGGUGAGUAUUGUGUCCGCGUGCACCACACUAGGGGAUCUUGCAACCGGGGAGCGUGUGCGGAGGCACAUUGAUUCCCUUGGUUUUGGAUGGAUGGUGCCACUUCGCAAUGCACUUAUGGACAUGUACGCAAAGUGCGGGUGCCUCCCUGAAACACGAGCUUUGUUUGACAGGAUGAUGGUGAGGAGCUUGGCAUCUUGGAACACGCUGAUCUCGGCAUAUGCAUUACAUGGCGAUCUGGACAACACGAUUGCUGUGUUCCAUCAGAUGCUGGCAGAAGGGAACACUGUGAGGCCGGACGGUGUGACGCUUCUCGCGGUGCUUAUGGCGUACGGAUACAAAGGCCGUGUUGAGGAGGGGCGAGCCAUGUUCAAUGCGAUGCAACGAGGCGACUAUGGCAAAGUGGAACUCACAGUCGAGCACUAUGGGUGUGUGGUGGACAUGCUUGGUCGGGCAGGGAAACUCGAGGAGGCAUACCAAAUGAUUAAGCGAAUGCCAAUUCCGAGCAAUGCUGUGAUCUGGGGCGCACUACUUGGUGCUUGUCGGACUCAUGGGGAUAUUGACAUGGCAGAGAGGGCUGUGCAGGAGUUAAGGAACCUAAACCCAGAUGAGGGUGGUUACUACAUUUUGCUCAGCGAUAUGUACACAUCUGCUGGACGGAUAGCUGAGGCCACAGAGAUCAGACGUGCCAUGAAUGAGAAGGGGGUCCAGAAGACUACAGGCCGGAGCACUGCCUUUCUGCCUCAGCUGUAGUUUACCAUUAUCUGGCUAUCCUUAAGAUCACAAUUCACAAGCAUGUCAUGCUAGCCAGAUUCUCUUCACACCAGACAAGCCUAUGGAUUGGUCACAUUUGUCUCGGUCUUCUUGCCAAGGUGUGAUGAUUGAUAUCCAUGGUGUAAGGCUGCUGGCAACUAAGGCUCAGAAAAUUAACGGUGGUUAGCUACCUUGUGGAGGGUUGUUUUUGGAGGAAGAGAGGAGAAAGAUGGACUGAUCACCGCAUACAGCCUGCUAGGUGGCACAACUGGGAGUCUGGGACAAACCUGACGAUGAACAUCACUAUUUUUCUGAGUUGCGAGAGCCUUGACUGAUCCAGCAUGCUGAAUCGAAUGAAUUGGUGCAAAGAAUUGGCCAGUGACUAAGUUGCACUAUUCCUUGAACAAACUUCUAUUGGCUCGUGCAUCAGGAUUCAGGAGUCUAUGGCUCAUGUACAAGAUGGGAACAAAAGGAACAGCUUCAGCAUAGUAUGCUAUCUUAACUGCUAUCUGCUCCACCAGAUGAACUAUUCUGAAGAAUGUAGGCCACUGAAAAAUUGAGCCUCUGUAACAUAAGGAGUCUUGAUGGAAUGUAGAAUUUGUUGUUUUCCCUCUUGUAAUAGAAUUGGUAUGUCAAUAUAGCUUGCAAAACCUUUGUGUGUUCUUGAUUUUUUGUUUUAGAGUUAUUUGUUUGAAAUGACAAUGGAGAAACAUUUUAUGGCUGUCAA